AUGGCUGCACUGUUGCCCCCUCCAAAGCGCCAAAAAGUCUAUCAUGGCAUCCCAGAACCAGUGCCAGAGCUACCGGCGCCGUCUCCAAAUAUCGUCGUCCAAUUCGUCUCUGAAGACGAUGGCACAUCUUUAGCACCGGCCAUCAAUUUACCUGCGAACGUCUCCAGAGAGGACCUGCAAGUCCUGAUCAACAGACUCACCUCCAAAGACGACGACCCCGUCCCUUUCCAAUUCCACAUAACGUUGCCGGCAGACGCUACAAGUGGGGGAGAGCCGACGAGAGUUGUUAUAACAAAAUCGAUUGAGUCGGAUGUCCUGUCGCACCCCUCGCAGUCUUUCACACCAGAGGACGUCUUUGUGGUCCAUUGCUCACCGCAGUCUGUGUUUCGAGUGCGGCCGGCGACGCGAUGUUCAUCAACUUUGUCUGGACACACCUCUCCUAUAUUGUGCGCGUCAUUUUCCCCCACCGGAAAUCUCCUCGCGACUGGUUCUGGGGACGCCAACGCGCGUCUAUGGAAUCUGUCCACAGAAACACCAUCACAUACACUGUCGGGGCACAGAGGUUGGGUGCUAUGCGUAGAGUGGGAGGCUAUGGAGAGAAAACUAGCCACAGGCGGUCACGAUAAUCAGGUGCGUAUAUGGGACCCUAAAACCGGGAAGCCGAUCGGAGACGCUCUCAAAGGACACACAAAAUGGGUCACAUCCUUGUCAUGGGAGCCAAUACACAUAAAUCCCGCCGCGCCUCGCCUUGCAUCAUCUUCAAAAGACGGCACCGUCCGUGUCUGGUCCCUCCUUACCCGCCGAGUCGAGUAUACCCUCGGCGGGCAUACCGCGAGUGUAAACAUUGUACGAUGGGGCGGUGGGGGGCUGAACGGCAAGGGGGUGCUUUACACUGCGUCCUCCGAUCGGACAGUGCGUAUCUGGGACGCAAACGGGGGAAGGUUAUUGCAUAUAUUAAAAGAUCAUGCUCACUGGGUUACGACGCUGGCGCUGAACACGGACUUCGUCCUUCGAACAGGCCCUUUUGACCACACCGGAAAGCGACCAAUAUCGGAUGAAGAAGCGCAAACUCGUGCAUUAGAACGGUACAACGCUCUGGUCUCGACAACGUCAGAGCUCAUGAUCUCUGGCUCUGAUGAUCACACUCUUUUCCUCUGGUCUCUAUUCCCCUCUCGCGCGGCAGACACCUCCAGCUCCGAGCAGGCGGCGGCAAACGGCGGCAAACUGAAGCCUCUUGCUCGUCUCACGGGCCAUCAGCGGCAGGUGUCCCAAGUCGCGUUCAGCCCGGAUGGCAGAUGGGCUGCCAGCGCCGCGUGGGAUAACAGUGUCAGGAUUUGGGAAGGUCGCACGGGAAAGUUUGUUGCGACGCUGCGAGGACACAUCGGUGCCGUCUACCGCCUCACCUGGUCUGCAGAUUCGAGGUUACUGGUUAGCGCGAGUAAAGAUACUACGCUCAAGAUCUGGGACUUGAAAACAUACAAGCUUAAAACCGACCUGCCGGGUCAUACUGACGAAGUGUACUGUGUCGACUUCGUUGCCGAUAAGAUCGUCAGUGGCGGGCGUGACAGAACGGUCAAAAUAUGGAAAAAUUAA